CCUCCCUCCCCUCCCUCUCCGCUCUCUCUCUCUCCCUCUCUCUCUCUCUCUCCGUAUUGACGCCGACAGACCGACACUUGCAGCCAUUUUACGCAGGACGAAACCUCCAAUCAUGUCGUGAGACCCCAAGCCGGAGCCUCUCCGCCGGUUCACCUGGGCUACCGGCUCGGUCGCUGCACACGGGCGGGCGGGACAGCAGGCGGGCAGGGUCCCCGGCCACAAGAUGGUGAAGAGGAAGAGCCUGGACGACAACGAGCCCGAGUGCGGGAAGGGAAUACCGUUCCCCAUCCAGACCUUCCUAUGGAGGCAGACCAGUGCGUUUCUGCGUCCAAAGUUGGGGAAACAGUAUGAAGCGUCUUGUGUGUCCUUCGAGCGGGUGCUGGUGGAGAAUAAGCUCCACGGGCUGUCGCCGGCCCUGUCGGAGGCCAUCCAGAGCAUCUCCCGCUGGGAGCUGGUCCAGGCGGCCCUGCCUCAUGUGCUCCACUGCACCUCCAUCCUGCUGUCCAACAGGAACAAGCUGGGUCACCAGGACAAGCUGGGCGUCGCCGAGACCAAGCUGCUCCACACGCUGCACUGGAUGCUGCUGGAGGCGGCCCAGGAGUGCAACCACGAGCCGAGCCUGGGCCACGGCUGGUCGGCGGGCAGCAGCAGCAGCGCCUUCCUGCAGCCCGUGGGGAACCAGGGGUCGUCCCCGGGGGCUCCGGGCUCCUGCUCCGGCUCUGCUUUAGGAGGGUCGGGCCCGCAGCACAGCGGCUCCCUGCUGGAGGAGGAUGAGCACACCCGGACCAAGCUGUUCCACAAGAGCAUGGCCACGGUGGAGCUGUUCGUGUUCCUGUUUGCACCGCUCAUACAUCGGAUAAAGGAGUCGGACUUGACCUUCCGACUGGCCAGCGGUCUGGUGAUCUGGCAGCCGAUGUGGGAGCACCGCCAGCCAGACAUCCCGGCCUUCACCGCGCUCAUCAAACCGGUCAGAAACAUCGUGACAGCGAAGAGGAACUCCCCAGUCAACAACCAGUGCAGCCCCUGUGGAUCUGGCAACCCGGGUCCCACGGGCUUCCAGGUGGUCUGCGAGGCCGCCCAAUCGGAUUCCUCCUCCCCCUCGGCUGGAGAGCAGAGCUGUCGUCGUGGUAACUCGGUGGAGAAAGGUGGUGGCCCUUCCCAACAGCAACAGCAGCAGCAACAACCCCCGCCGGUCAAAGGCCCCUCCAAGAAAAAGACUUCGGCCCCUGCCGGCCUGCCGACCUCCCUCUCCCAGCGAGCUCGCUACGCCACCUACUUCGACGUGGCGGUGCUGCGCUGCCUGCUGCAGCCUCACUGGACGGAGGAGGGCGUCCACUGGGCCUUGAUGUACUACCUGCAGCGCCUGAGGCAGAUCCUGGAGGAGAGGCCCGAACGCGUCCCAGAACCUCUGGUCACGCCUCUGCCGCGUCCACGCAGCAGCUCCAUGGUGGCCGCCACGCCAUCACUGGUCAACACGCACAAGACUCAGGAUAUGAGUCUGAAAUGCAACGAGGAGGAAAAGUCUCUGAGCACAGAGACGUUUGCAAAGGUUUCUCUGACCAACCUGCGUCGACAGGCGGUGCCGGACCUCGCCUCCGACCUCGGGAUGAACAUCUUCAAGAAGUUUAAGAACCGGCGCGAGGACCGCGAGAGGAAGGGCUCCAUCCCCUUCCAUCACACCGGGAAGAAGCGUCAGCGCCGAAUGGGGGUUCCCUUCCUGCUCCACGAGGACCACCUGGACGUCUCGCCCACCCGCAGCACCUUCUCCUUCGGGAGCUUCUCCGGCCUGGGGGACGAUCGGCGGGCGCUGGACCGCGGCGGCUGGCAGGCCACCAUCAUGGGCAAAUUCACGCGGCGAGGAAGCACCGACACGGCCGCCGACGCUGACAGCCUGAGCGCCAAACACUCCCACUCCCAUCACUCCCUGCUCAGAGACAUGCCCGACCACUCCAACAGCCACAGCGACAACACCGUCAAGGAAGUUCGCUCUCAGAUCUCCACCAUCACCAUGGCGGCGUUCAACACCACGGUGGCGUCCUUCAACGUUGGCUACGCCGACUUCUUCACCGAGCACAUGAAGAAACUCUGCAACCCCGUCACCGUCCCCGAGAUCCCCGUGGAGCCGCUGGCCUGCGCCAACCUGCCGCGCAGCUUCACCGACUCCUGCAUCAACUACUCCUUCCUGGAGGAGGGGGAAAACAUCGAGGGCACCAAUAACUUUGUGCUGAAGAACGGCAUGCUGGACCUCACUGCUGUCUUGCGGGCGCUCUACGCCGUCCUCAGCCACGACAUCAGCUCCAGGAUUUGCGACGUGGCCCUCAACAUCAUCGACUGCCUGCUGCAGCUGGGCGUGGUGCCCGGCAUGGGCAAGAAGCUCUCCAAGCCAGACAACAAGGAGAACCAGGAGGCUCGGGCCAAAGACCCAGCUGGUCAGGGGCUCGGUGGCGGUGCCCAGGGAGGCGGCGCGGUUCCUGGGGCUGGGGCGGGCGGAGGGGGAGAUGGAGGCGGGGGUGGAGGAGGAGGGGGAAGCGGUGGAGGGAGCGGGCAGGGGAGCAGGGACGAUGUGAAGAACAACAAGGAUAAUGAUAAAAAGGAGGAGGGCGCCGGCUUCAGCACCCACCGCCUGGCUCUGACCAUGCUGAUAAAGAUAGUCAAGUCGCUGGGUUGCGCCUACGGCUGUGGCGAGGGACAUCGCGGACUGUCUGGGGAUCGCCUCAGGAUGCAGGCCCAGAACUGCCUGACCAGCCUUUACAAGCUGGACAAGGUGCAGUUUCGGCAGACAAUGCGCGAGUACGUCAACAAAGACUCUCUCAAUAACAUUGUGGACUUCCUGCAUGCACUGCUGGGCUUUUGUAUGGAGCCCAUAACUGACAAGUACGGCAGUGCAGGUGAGAGGUCCAGGAGGGCGAAAAAAAGAAACAUCGACAAGGCGGGCUUCGGGAACAACUUCACCACGGGGGACAACAAGUCGGUGGCGCAGAAUAUGGAGGCGGUGGUGGUGGGAUGCAUGUUCAAGUCCCUCAUCACCCGCUGCGCCUCCACCACACACGAGCUGCACAGCCCCGAGAACCUGGGUCUGUACUGUGACAUCCGCCAGCUGGUGCAGUUCAUCAAGGAGGCCCAUGGAAACGUGUUCCGCAGGGUGGCGCUGAGCGCACUCCUGGACAGCGCCGAGAAGGUCACCGCCACCAAGAAACCGGACGAGAAGGAGGAAGCCAAACAGCCCGGACCCAGGAGGUCAGAGGCGGGUGUGUCCGGGGAGAAGGGUCAGGUGUCCAGUGCUGCAGAUGAGUGUCGCAGCUACAUCUCCAGUAGACCCCCCCAGACCCCCGAACAUGAUGAACAGAUCCCGGGUGCUCUGCUUGGCAGGAAGGAUUUUUGGAGGAAGAUGUUCAAGUCGCAGAGUGCCGCCAGCGACACCAGCAGCCAAUCAGAGCAGGACACCUCAGAGUGCACCACUGCCCACUCCGGCACCACCACCGACCGGCGCUCCCGCUCCAGAUCCCGUCGCAUUUCGCUUCGCAAGAAGCUGAAGCUGCCCAUAGGAAACUGGCUGAAGCGCUCCUCUCUUUCUGGACUGACCGACGGUGUCGAAGACCUGCUGGACAUCAGCUCGGUGGAUCGGCUGUCCUUCAUACGUCAGAGUUCAAAGGUGAAGUUCACCAGUGCGGUGAAGCUGUCAGAAGGGGGCGCCGUGGGGCCGGAGUACGCCAGGGACGAGGAGGAGAAUUUCUUCAAGCGGCUCGGUAAAUGGAGGUCUGGCAGGAGGAAUCCAUCCAAGCUUCACCACACAGAAGAGAAAGAUGGACCUCACGGCUUUCAGGAGCGUCUAGCCGCCAGCCAGGAGGCCAUGAAGAACAAGAACGUGGUGAAUCUGGGCGCCAUCCGUCAGGGCAUGAAGCGCUUCCAGUUCCUCUUGAAUUGUUGCGAGCCGGGAACGAUACCCGACGCCUCCAUCCUCGCCGCCGCUCUUGACCUGGAAGCUCCGGUGGUGGCGCGGGCCUCGCUUUUCCUUGAGUGCGCGCGAUUCGUCCACCGAUGCAACCGUGGCAACUGGCCGGAGUGGAUGAAGGGCCACCACGUGAAUAUCACCAAGAGAGGCCUGUCCAGGGGCCGCUCGCCCAUCGUGGGCAACAAGAGGAACCAGAAGCUUCAGUGGAACGCCGCCAAACAUUUCUGCCAGUGGGGAGACGCGAUCGGCACGAGGCUGAGCGAGCUCUGUCACUCCGACAGCGAGAGUCCUGCCAACAUCCUGGGAUACAUUUUUGAUGAGGAGACCAAACGGAGGAUGAAGAAAGAAGACGAGGAAGAGGACUACCUGGACGACAACACAGUCAAUCCUACGAAGUGUGGCUGCCCGUUUGCUCUAAAGAUGGCGGCCUGCCAGCUGCUGUUGGAAAUCACCACAUUCCUGCGGGAGACCUUUCCCUGCUUACCUCGGCCGCGCACCGAGCCCCUCGUGGAUCUGGACAGCUGCCGCCUGCGUCUGGACCCCGACCUCGGCCGCCAUCGCUACGAGAGGAAGAUAAGCUUCGCGGGCAUCCUCGACGAUGAGGACGGACACGAUUCUCUCAACAGCAGCAGCCACACGCUGAAGUCAGACACCACCUGCGAUGACAAGAAGACGCAGGAGGCUCAAGAUGAUCUCUGCCCCCUUCCCUCUUCACCAGCGCCCAUCCGUAAGAUUCGUAUCGGAGGCUCUCGGCUGCUUCAGAUCAAAGGGGCUCGCAGUUUCCGCGUCAAGAAAGGAGGCUCCUUGUCCUCCAUACGGCGGGCGGGGAGCCUCAAGAGCACCAAGCUGUCCCGGCAGGACUCCGAGUCCGAGAACGAAGAGGGGCUGCUGUCACAAACACAGAGCAGGGACACUGUCACUGACAUAGGAAGUCCUUUCAGUACCAGUGAACCCAGCAUAGAACCGGAGGGCCAGGGCUCAGGAGGAGCCGAGGACAACUACCACCGCAACAUGUCCUGGCUCCACAUUAUGAUCCUGCUGUGCAACCAGCAGAGUUUCAUCUGCACCCACAUCGACUUCUGCCACCCGCGCUGCUACCAGCACCACAGCCGCUCCUGCGCCCGCCUGGUCCGAGCCAUCAAGCUCGUGUACGGCGAGACGGUGGACAGCCUGCGGGAGGACAGCGCCACCUCCGGGAAUAUUGGGGCGCGGGCCAAGAAGACUAAAGAGUGUUCAGACAAGUCAUGCCUGAGGACGCCGUCCAUGAAGAGACGCCCCACCGACUCCAACACAGAAGGGAAGAAGGAUACAGGCAUGCUGAAGUACAUCCGCAACCAGGUGAUGAGCUUGGCACCGGCUCCUCUAUCGCUGCUGAUCAAAGCAGCUCCCAUCCUGACCGACGACAUGUACGGAGACGUCCAGCCUGCAGCCUGGGAGCUGCUGCUCAGCGUGGACGAACAUAUGGCAGCUGCCGCCGCUGCCAUGUUCCUUCUGUGUGCCGUGAAGGUCCCCGACGCAGUGACCGAAAUGAUGAUGGCAGAGUUCCAUCACCAGGAGGCCGGCCAGCGCAUCAACUCCGUCCUCAAGUUCUACACGCUGUGGCGUUUCCGCUACCAGGUGUGGCCUCGCAUGGAGGAGGGAGCCCAGCAGAUCUUUAAGAUCCCUCCACCCAGCAUCAACUUCACGCUGCCGUCUCCCAUACUGGGCAUGCCCUGUGUCCCCAUAUUCGACCCCCCCUGGGUGCCCCAGAACACAGGCAGCGUCCAGGACCCGAUCAAUGAAGACCAGUCUAAAUCCUUCUCGGCGCGGGCGGUGUCGCGCUCCCACCAGCGGGCCGAGCACAUCCUGAAGAACCUGCAGCAGGAGGAGGAGAAGCGGCGUCUGGGUCGCGAGGCCAGCAUCAUCACAGCUAUCCCCGUGGCUCAGGAGUCCUGCUACGAGCCCACGUGCAGCCCGCCGCCGGAGCAGGAGGAAGAAGCAGAAGAAGUGGUGAACCUGGCAUCGCGCCGUCUGUCCGUCAGCCCCUCAUGCGCCUCCAGCAACUCCCACAGGAACUACUCUUUCCGCCGAGGCUCCGUGUGGUCUGUUCGCUCAUUGGCCAGUGCCGAAGACGAAGAGAACACAACAGAACACACUCCGACUCACCACAUGUUACAGCCGCCCCAAGCCGUCUUCCCAGCAUGCAUCUGUGCUGCAGUACUACCUAUAGUGCACCUCAUGGAGGACGGGGAGGUUCGAGAGGAUGGUGUUGCUGUGAGUGCUGUCGCCCAACAAAUCCUCUGGAACUGCCUGAUCGAAGAUCCAGCCCUGGUUCUCCGCCACUUCCUGGAAAAACUAACUGUGAGCAACAGACAGGAUGAGCUGAUGUACAUGCUGAGGAAGCUCUUGCUCAACAUCGGAGAUCUGCCGGCCCAGACAUCACACAUCCUCUUCAACUACCUGGUGGGACUGAUCAUGUACUUUGUGCGGACCCCGUGCGAGUGGGGAAUGGACGCCAUCUCGGCCACGCUGACCUUCCUGUGGGAGGUGGUCGGCUACGUGGAGGGGCUGUUCUUCAAGGACCUCAAGCAGACCAUGAAGAAGGAGCAGUGUGAGGUGAAGCUGCUGGUCACGGCGUCCAUGCCAGGAACCAAAACACUGGUUGUGCACGGGCAGAACGAAUGUGACAUCCCGACACAACUUCCCGUCCAUGAAGACACUCAGUUUGAAGCCCUGCUCAAGGAGUGUCUGGAAUUCUUCAACAUUCCCGAGGCCAGAUCAGCUCACUACUUCCUCAUGGACAAACGAUGGAACCUCAUCCAUUAUAGCAAGACAUAUGUAAGAGACAUCUACCCCUUCCGGAGAUCAGUAUCUCCCCAGCUCAACCUGGUCCACAUGCUACCUGAGAAAGGACAGGAGCUGAUCCAGAAACAAGUGUUUUCCCGUAAACUAGAGGAAGUCGGUCGGGUCCUCUUCCUCAUCUCCCUCACUCAGCACAUGCCGGCUGUGCACAAGCAAUCCCACGUCUCCCUGCUGCAGGAAGACCUCCUCCGCCUGCCGUCUUUCCCGCGAACGGCCAUCGAUGCAGAGUUCUCGCUGUUCAACGAGCCGCAAGGUAAGGAGCUGUUUGGUUUGGACACCCUGCACAAAGUGCUUUGGAUCAAGCUACUAGAGGAAAUGUUUCUGGGCAUGCCCAGUGAGUACCCAUGGGGCGACGAGAUGAUGCUGUUCCUCAACGUCUUCAACGGGGCGCUGCUGCUGCACCCCGAGGACAGCUCCCUCCUCAGGCAGUACACGGCCACCGCCAUCAACACCGCCGUUCACUUCAACCACCUCUUCUCCCUGAGCGGUUACCAGUGGAUCUUACCAACCAUGCUGCAGGUUUAUGCCGACUAUGAAAGCGACCCAUUACUGAGGCAGGGUAUCGAGUUCUGCUGCCGGCAGUUCUACAUCCUCCACCGGAAACCCUUCAUCCUGCAGCUGUUCGCCAGUGUGGCUCCGCUGCUGGAAUUCACAACCAGCACCAGUACCGGUCUGUCUAAAGGAGUGUCAGCUCAGUGUCUGUUUGACCUGCUGGUCUCUCUGGAGGGGGAGACUCACGACGCCCUGGAUGCUCUGGAGCUGGUGAAGGCAGAGAAACCUCUUCGUUCUCUAGAUUUUUGUUACGGUAACGAGGACUUGACCUUUUCCAUCAGUGAGGCCAUCAAGCUGUGUGUCACUGUGGUCGCCUACGCCCCUGAAUCCUUCAGAAGUCUCCAGAUGCUGAUGGUCCUGGAGGCUCUGGUCCCGUGCCACCUACAGAAGCUGAAGAGCAACACCAUCACAAUGGAGUCGGCAUCAGCUGCCAGGGAUGAGAUCGCAGCCAUCGCAGCUCUGGCCACAUCGCUACAGGCCCUCCUUUACAGCUCCGAGGCACUCACAAGGCCGAUGACAGCUCCUCAGCUGUCCCGCUGUGAUCAGGGCCAUAAGGGCGGCACCACAGCUAACCAUGCCAUGUCAGGAGGGGUCAACACCAGGGACAACCUCCAUUUGCUGGAGGAGGGUCAAGGCAUGCCAAGGGAAGAGCUGGACGAGCGCAUCGCCAGGGAAGAGUUCCGCCGGCCGCGGGAGUCCCUAUUAAAUAUCUGCACCGAGUUUUACAAACACUGCGGUCCGCGACUCAAGAUCCUGCAGAACGUCGCCGGGGAGCCACGGGUCACAGCGCUGGAGCUGCUGGAUAUCAAGUCCCACAUGAGGCUGGCAGAGAUCGCCCACGCCCUGCUGAAGCUGGCGCCUUACGACACGCUGACCAUGGAGAGCCGAGGGCUGCGACGCUACAUCAUGGAGAUGCUGCCUAUCACCGACUGGUCGUCCGAGGCCGUCCGCCCCGCCCUCAUCCUGAUCCUCAAGAGGCUGGACCGCAUGUUCAACAAGAUUCACAAGAUGCCAACGCUCAGGUGCGCUCGCCCACAGGCACUAUGCACCAGGAGGCAGGUGGAGUGGGAGGCGGCCAGCAGCCUGAUCGAGGGGAUCUGCCUGACCCUGCAGCGACAGCCAAUCAUCUCCUUCCUCCCGCAUCUUCGCUCGCUGAUCAACGUCUGCGUCAACCUGGUGAUGGGUGUGGUCGGUCCCUCCAGCGUGGCGGACGGACUUCCUCUUCUCCACCUCAGCCCCUACCUGUCACCACCGCUGCCCUUCAGCACGGCGGUGGUCCGACUCGUCGCUCUGCAGAUCCAGGCCUUGAAGGAGGACUUUCCUCUCAGCCAUGUGAUCUCACCCUUCACCAAUCAGGAGAGGCGAGAGGGGAUGCUGCUGAAUCUGCUCAUCCCCUUCGUGCUGACAGUCGGCUCUGGAAGCAAAGACAGCCCCCACCUGGAGCAGCCCGAGAUCUUCCUCCUCCUCCAGACGGUCAUCAACAUCCUCCUGCCUCCCCGGAUCAUCUCCACCUCCCGCACCAAGAACUUCAUGCUGGACGCCUCCCCGGCUCACUGCUCCACGCCGGGCGACACGGGGAAGGAUCUGCGCAGGGAGGGAUUAGCCGAGUCCACCAGCCAGGCUGCAUAUCUGGCUCUGAAGGUGGUGUUGGUUUGCUUUGAGCGCUCGUUGGGGAACCAGUGGUACCGGCUCAGCCUGCAGGUGAAGGAGAUGGCUCUGAGGAAGGUGGGCGGCUUGGCCUUCUGGGACUUUAUCGACUUCAUCGUGCGAACCCGAAUCCCUAUCUUCGUCCUGCUGAGACCCUUCAUUCAGUGCAAGUUGUUGACCCAGCCCGCUGACUCCCAGGAGGAGAUCACAGCGCGUCACCACAUCGCCGACCAGCUGGAGCGACGCUUCAUCCCCCGACCUCUGUGCAAGAGCUCCCUGUUUGCAGAGUUCAACAAUGAGCUCAAGAUCCUGAAGGAGGCCGUGCACAGCGGCUCCGCUUACCAGGGGAAGACGUCCAUCAGCACGGUGGGCACCUCCACAUCGGCGUAUCGCCUCAGUUUGGCCACAAUGUCGCGCUCCAACACGGGCACCGGCACAGUUUGGGAGCAGGACAGCCAACCAUCGCGGCAACCUUCUCAAGACACGCUCAGCCGGACCGACGAGGACGAUGAAGAGAUCGACUCUAUGAGCAUCCCCAGCGUGGUGAGCGAGCAUGAGGCCUUCCUGCCGAGGGGGAUAGCGCAGCGCCGGUUUUCCAGCCACGCCACCGGUUCAGCGGCCUCGCAGCCCGAAACCCCUCGCACCACCAUGCUGCCCAGCCACAGUGAACCCAAUGUGCUAGAUGAGUCCCAGGGCCUUCUGCAGGAGGGUAACCUCUCUAGGGUCGCCAGCGUGCAGAGUGAACCGGGCCAGCAGAACCUCCUGAUCCAGCCACCGUUAGGAAGAAAGCGAGGCCUCAGACAGCUGCGUCGCCCCCUGCUGUCCAUCCCAAAGACCGAACCCCGUGGUCGAUCUGGAGCGAGGCUCUCUACGACCCGCCGGAGCAUCCAGCCCAAGAGCAAACCACUGGAAACUUUGUUGGACUGUGAAGCGCAUGGAGACCAAAAGAGGUCAGUGACCUUCACGGAGAAUCAGGGGCAGACACCGUCCACGCCCAGCGCCACAGAGCCUCCGGCGGAGGGCAGGAAGGCCAGCCCCGCCCUCUCAAAGUCCCCGACGCUGGAGGUGCCGUCCGCCUCAUCGGCCACGGUCACUGCAGACCUGCACGGGCCUGCGAACACACAGGUCCCCUCAUCCAUAACCAGCAAGGAGAAGAGAGAGCAGUGGGGCCUCCGCAGCAGCCUCUCCCCUCCACCCUCCAUCUCCCGCCCCUCCACCCCAACACCUCCAUCCCGCACCUGCUCCCCGCUGCCCCUCUCCCGUACCUGCUCCCCUCUCCCCUUAUCCCGCACCUCCUCUCCUCUCCCACCGCCGCUCCCGGUCCUGGGCACAGCACCUGCACCUGGUCCUCCGCCGCCUCCGCCUCUGCCACCGGCCCCUCUCCUGCCUCCCCCGCCGCCCGGGCCUCCCCGGAUCAGGGAGAGCCCCGGGGACGAGGACACGACGGCGCUGCUGCCGCGCAGCGACACCCUGCUGCAGCUCAGCGAGGACGAUGGCACGGUGAACCCCCUCCUCACCCCGCUGCUGUCCCCUCCCUCACCCCGCCGGUCACCUCGCCGCCUACCGCUGCCUCUCUCCCCCGUCGACCUGGAUCUGGAUGAGUCUCAUGUGUGAGAGGAUUGUAUUUUUCUAUCUGCAGAUACCUGCAGGGUGCGCACGCCUUUCUAAACAUUCAAGAACCACAACAGAGAAAUUAAAUGGAUGACUGAAAAUCUAAAAGUAGUUUGAAAGGACGGGAAUGUAUCCCUCUGCCUCCUCGAGCGUCUCACCAUCCCACCGACUUGAUUUCUAAACUUAAGUGUUCAUUCCUAAAUGUACAAAAACAAUCCGUCCUGUCUCUGUAGGUCUCUGAUCGCAUCUCAGUGUUGAAUAUCAACAUGAAAAUCUGUGUUUAUGGCUUCAAACCAUGAGGGUUGAAUGUAAACUUCAGCAGCAGUUGGUCUGUUUAACCUCAAAGAUUUAUUUUUCAAUCAUAUUUACGUCACACAAAGGACUAUUCUGUGGUGAAUUAAUUAUUAAAGGAAACCAGAAGAAGUUAAAGGGUUGAUAUUUAAUUCAUACUAGAUUUAAAUGAUGUCUAUAAAGCAGAGAUCUAUUUAAAGAACUUGUAUAAACAGUGUAUUAAUUCUAUAAGCUGUUGGAGAAAUAAGCGCCUUUAUAUUAAAUGAUAUACAAUAAAUUUAAAAUACAGUUUAUGUAUAUUAAAUGUUCUAUGAGUUCAUGUGGACCAGGAGCGAGAAAUUAGAGAUUUUAUAUUUAAGAAGAUAACGUUUGUUCUGUUUGUUGAUUAAAACUGUAAAAAUGUUCAUGGAACAAGUCGAGGAAAUUACAAGUAGCCAUAGCUUCCAGAAAUAAAGGGAUAUAUUGAUAUUUCAUAUUUAAUAUAGUUUGAAGCUAAACUGGGGAAAACAAUGGUGAUAAAAUGUCUAAACUCCUGCUAAAGCUAACAAGCUUAGCAGAGUAGCGGUAACCACGAGAGAUGAGCAAGUACGCCAUUUUUGGUCAGGAAAUGUUUUUAAAGGGGCAUUCUGCUAGUCACCAAAGCUAAUGCUGAAGCUAAGCUGACAAGAGUUGACAUUUAAUAUUCCUAAAAUAUAUAGCUAAAAUGCUAAAUGCUAAAAUGAAAGUAACAUGAAGCUUCUAUGUGAAUAAUUUUUUAUACCCAAAAAAGGUACAUUAUCUUUACCAGAUACUCGUUCAACCCCAGAAACCACCAUCUUAGCUUUCAUCACGUCGUGUUUAUUUUAACGCAUUAAAGUAUAAAUAAAUCUAUUUCACAGACACCUAGCAAACAUAUAUAUAUAACAUUUCUAAAGCUAUGGACUGUAAAUGAUUAAAAUAUGCUAAGUUGCUGGAGAAACCCUUUAAAUUCAGUGGUAUUAUCUUUGAAUGUGUCGUGUCUUUUAUGUUAUUCAGGUUUUUCAGUGAUACUGCACUGGAAACGCAGAUUUAACAGCAGACUUGUUUGUUGUACAUUUGAAUGCAGCUCAGUGUCGAUUCUAUAGAGUGUAUUGUGUCUCUUAUCUGUGACCAAAGACUGUAUCCUCCAUUUUGUGUUCAUGUGGUCAAAAUAUAUCAACUCUGACGUAACAUUUACUCAAAACUCAGUCAGUCGUGCUGAUUGUGUGUUGCUGGUUUUGCUUCCACGUCUUGCGCACAGACUCCCUUUUUUGUUUAAAUUAUUAUUUUAUUGUGACUGUGAUGAAGCGAUGCAGUAGAUGGCUGUUACCUCGUUGUUCAUUCCAUGCCUUAACAGAGAAAUACAAACACGUCUGUCGAUAUCAUAAAAGUUUAUAGAAGUUUAUUGUGAAAAACCUUGUAACCUCUGAAAGAUCUGGAUAUCUUAAUAUUCUCAAACUAUUUAUUUUGAGAUUAAAUACACUGCUAUGAAACCCUGCUUUCAUUUAAAACUCUGUCACAGUCGAUUCAUAACUGAUCACAUUGCUGGUGAUGAUGAUGUUGAAUCACGUGAUGCGGGAUCGAUACGUGCCAUAAAUCCACACCAACGCACUGUGAGUGUGUCGUUAUCGGCUGCUUUCCCUGUACUGUGUUUAUCAUUCUUUCUUUGUGAAACUGUUGUAAUCAUAUGAGAACAUAAGAGGUCAUGUACUGUUUACUUAUGCAGAGGAAAUAAUAUUUAAAAGUGUAUUUGUCAUUAAAAAAAACAUGUUAGCUUAUUUAAGACCCCAAAUGUUGGACUUGAAGUGUGUUUCUUGUCACGUUAAUUAAUCAUGAUCCAUAAAACACACACUUGUGUACUUGUGCUGCAUAUCGAGUACAAAGAUGAUUUCAGAAUCUGAUUUCCCUUUAAAUGUAUCGUGUCUGUGUCAAACUGUGUCUUCUUCGUGCAGAGUUAACAAUAAUCUACAGUAUAUCAGAACAUUUCUGGAAUAUCAAAAUAAAAUGGAUAUUGUUUACAAUGUUUUUCCAAGUGUCCAUCCAUUUCUUUACCUGUGGAGAGACACGGCAAAGUUCUGGUCCAUUAAAGAAAAAAAAUAAAAGUGAGAUUCCUCUGUCCUGUCACGUUUUAGGUUUUGCUGCUUGAAUGUGCCACAAGCAGCUUCAGCGUCUAACACAUUUUUAUUCAACACUCGAUAACACCUAUGAAUUUAUAUUACCUGUAUAAAGGCACAGAAUUGUUUGUGAUCAAAUAGGCUUGGGGUUUUCUUUUGAGUGAAAGACACCUGUUUCUAAAAGGUGGAAACCCAUUAGAAACAGCCCAGCAAAUAGCUCAACGCGUAAGAAAACGGAGUGGAAGUUCUGAGAUUGUGAGUUCAAGCCUCAGAGGAACCAAUGAUUUAGCUAAGCUGUCCUUUCAAAAAGGCCUUAAAACUAUAUAGUCUUAGGGUUACUUCUCAUUACUUAAUCUUUGAUGAUGCUCGCCUGUUUCUAAAAAGUGGAAACCUUUUAGAAACAGUUGAUUUAAGACUUUGUCACAUCCUCACACUUCAGUAACAGUUUAGAUGCUGAUGGCUCAUUGUCCCAUAAU